AUGUCGACCGGCACCGUCACGGUCACAGAGACCCGAGCACAGCCCAUGACGGCUGAUGCCAUCCUCCGCCUCUUCCCCGACAUUGACACCAGCUCCGAGGCACUUUCCGGUCACGAUGAGGAGCAGAUUCGACUAAUGGACGAGGUGUGCAUUGUCCUCGAUGACAAUGACAUGCCUGUUGGCAAGGCCAGCAAAAAGCUCUGCCACUUAAUGUCCAACAUUGACAAGGGGCUUCUGCACCGCGCCUUUUCGGUAUUCCUGUUCAACGACAAGAACGAGCUCCUCCUGCAGCAACGUGCGUCCGAAAAGAUCACCUUCCCCGACAUGUGGACCAACACCUGCUGCUCGCAUCCGCUGGCCGUCUCUGGCGAGACUGGCUCCAAUCUCCCUGAUGCUAUAGAGGGUGUGAAGCGCGCGGCUCAGCGAAAACUGGAGCAUGAGCUGGGCAUCAAGAAGGAGCAGGUUCCUAUCGAAAAGUUCCAUUUCCUUACCCGAAUUCAUUACAAGGCUCCCAGUGAUGGAAAGUGGGGAGAGCAUGAAAUUGACUACAUCCUGUUCAUCAAGACGCAUGUCGAUCUCAACAUCAACCCCAACGAAGUCCAGGCCACACAGUACGUAGGCGCCGAUAACCUGAAGAAGCUGUUCGAGGACCCGUCGUUGAAGUUCACUCCUUGGUUCAAGCUCAUCUGCAACUCCAUGCUGUUUGAGUGGUGGGAGAGCCUCGACUCUGGUCUGGAGAAGUAUACCAAUGAGCAGCAAAUCCGACGCAUGUAA